AACAGAACCUCUUCAUUUUCCAAAAACUAGUUCAAUCCAAAACUUCUCAGAUUGAAACUUCACUAAUUUCUCUCAGAAACAAGCUCGAAGAAAUGCCAAUCAAAAACAGUUCGAAAAAGCGAGGGUCGGAGAUCAUGCUCGCUAAAUCGGACUCGAAAUCUCUACUCGACGACGAUUUUGAUCCCGAACUCUCCAGAUCGCGGGAAGAGAUUUUGUCUUCGCUAAAGAAGGUAAGAGAGUACUUGCAUAAGGACGGCCAGAAGAAGAAUGAAGAGAGGAUCUCUAGUGAUGCAGCUGAGAUAAGGUCUAAACUUAAUGAGCUGAAGUCAAAGAUUGAGAAGGAAAGACAAACUUUUGCUAAGGCACUCUCGAAGAGUUCAAAAGAGUGUGAAAAUUGCUUGAAGAAUGAAGCUGCUAAGUUCCAAGAGAUUUAUGAGAAGUUCUGCAAAGAGAAAGCUUCCCAUCUGCAGGCCUUGAAAGAUACCAUUUCCAGAUUCGAGGAAGACAAGGAAAAGCUAUUCAAGAGAUAUGAACAACUAAGGAAGAGAGAGAAGAGUAUGAUAUCUGAGCAGGAGAAAUUUUGUGCGGAUAAAAUCACUCAACUGGAGGAGUCAUUGAAGAAAAAGAAACAGGAUGACAAAACUUUCAGCCUUUUGAGGAAAACCCUUGGUUCAUUUCUGGAAGAUGCCUCAGAGGAGGACUUCCCGGUUGAUGAUUGAAUACUUAAAGAGUGACACUGCAACAUGCCAACAUCUCAACCACAAAUAUUUCAUCCUUUAGAGAAUGUAGCUUAUGGUGUACAGUCCCAUAAACUUCAAUGCAUUUC